UUAGGGAAGGAAGAACAAAAGGAGAACACCUGAAGAGGAAAUUACAUUGUGUUCUUACCACAGCUUUUAUAGUCUGUCCUACACUGAGGACAGAGACCCCACUGGGGAUAGUCCAAGGGCCUGGAGCUGUUGCCAGCCUGGAGAGAGGCCAACCCAGACACAGCAGAGUGUGCUCAGGGCAGCAAAGGAGGUUCAGGGACAGAAAGACAUGGCCUGGAAAUCGACACCACUUCUGCUACUUGUGGCCUGGGUAGCUGCCACGUCCAGCACCCGGGACAGGACAGACCUGCUCAAUGUCUGCAUGGACGCCAAGUAUCACAAGACAAAGCCAGGCCCUGAGGACAAGCUACAUGGCCAGUGCAGUCCCUGGAGGAAGAACGCGUGCUGCUCGGUGAACACCAGCCAGGAGCUGCACAAGGACAUCUCCCGCCUGUAUAACUUUAACUGGGACCACUGUGGUAAGAUGGAGCCUGACUGUAAGCGCCACUUUAUCCAGGACAACUGUCUCUAUGAGUGCUCCCCCAACGUGGGGCCCUGGAUCAAACAGGUGAACCAGCGCUGGCGCAAAGAGCGUUUUCUGGACGUGCCCCUGUGCAAAGAGGACUGUCAGAGCUGGUGGGAGGCCUGUCGCACCUCUUACACCUGCAAGACCAACUGGCACAGGGGUUGGGAUUGGACCUCAGGAGUUAACAAGUGUCCAGUCGGGACCACCUGCCACACAUUUGAGUUCUACUUCCCCACACCUGCUGACCUGUGCGAGGGCCUCUGGAGUCACUCCUAUAAGGCCAGCAACUACAGCCGAGGGAGUGGCCGCUGCAUCCAGAUGUGGUUCGAUCCAGCCCAGGGCAACCCCAAUGAAGAGGUGGCGAGGUUCUAUGCUAAGGCCAUGAGUGGGGUUGAGGAGUGAGCCCUAUGGGACAGGGCCCCUCCUGUUCCGCCUGGCCCUGAUCCUGCUACUCAUUGGCUGAGUCCAGCCAUCCCCAGCCCUCCCCUCUGCCUGCCCUUAGCCUGGAUGACCAGACUAGACUUACCUUAGCUCCCACAAAUGAGGGAGCCUUACACAUGCCUCCACUGUCAUUACCUACCCCUCCAUUCAUCAUCCAGUUCCUGCUCUAAUGGUGUGGUAUGGGGUUCCUCUAGCAGCCAGUUCUAGUAAAUAGAUUGACACAUCCAAGCAUCUGAUGAACCAUUUUGGUGGUGAGUUUAUAGCUGGGUGGGGGAAAGAUUCCAUAGCUUUUGGAUUCCUUCAGAUUAGAGCAACUAGACCUAGGUUUGAAUCCCAGCUCUGCCACUUGCUAUGUAAAAGUGAGUCACUUCACUGCUCUAAACCUUAGUUUCCUCCUCAGUGAAAUGGGGAUAACAAUCCUUCCCUCAGGGCUGUGAAAGGUAAAAGAGCUGUUGCCUAGAAAGCACAUGAACCCAGCACCUGUACACUAGUUUUCAGGGAUCCUGUUGCUCUUGCAGCUCCAAAAGAGUGCUAGACCCAGACCCAGACCUGACCCAAGACUUAUUAUUUAUAUUGGUCCCAAAACACCCCUCCUACCCCUCAGUCCUUGUCUGCCUGGCCCUGUGCUCAGCUCUGCAACAGGAGAGCUGGGAAUGGGAUUUUAGGGAAGGCUCUGGACUCCCAGGAGAUCACACUGCUGAACAUGAUGUGGAUGGGGACAGUGACGGUUCAGUGGUAGAAUUCUCACUUUCCA